CCUCCGGUUUUGUCGAGUUUUUGGGGUCGUCAAUGGUGUGUGAGUCGGUCCAAAGGAACAACAUUCGACAUGCAUAAAUAAAACAACAACAACAACAACGACGACGACGAAGAAAAGUCGGAGAAAAGCAGGGAGCAGAAGAAGCCGCCUCCUCUCCUGUCCACUCUUCUCAAUCGCCCCCCUUCACAUCUCGGUAUCAGUGUCGUCUUUCUUCUUCGUUCGAGCUCGGGCUCCUCUUGGGUCGGGUUUCCUUCCGGUCGCUAGGGUUUUCGGAGGGUUCCUUCCAUCGAUUGAUACGCGUUUGGGAGUGUUUAGUAGAGCCAGCGAAAGAUGCAGCAGCCUCCGCAGAUGAUCUCCGUCUUGCCUUCCUUUCCGCCCACCAACAUCACCACCGAGCAGAUUCAAAAGUAUCUCGAUGAAAACAAGAAGUUAAUUCUAGCUAUAUUGGACAAUCAAAAUCUUGGCAAACUCGCUGAGUGUGCCCAGUACCAAGCUCAGUUGCAAAAGAAUUUGAUGUAUUUAGCUGCAAUUGCUGAUGCCCAGCCACAGGCACCACCAAUGCCUCCCCAGAUGGCUGCUCAUCCAGUGAUGCAACAAGGUGGAUAUUUCAUGCAACAUCCUCAGGCAGCUGCUGCUGCUGCUGCUAUGGCUCAGCAGCCAGGUCUUUUUCCUUCGAAGGUGCCAUUGCAAUUCGGUAGCCCCCAUCAGUUGCAAGACCCGCAGCAGCAGUUACACCAGCAACAUCAGCAGGCCUUCCAGGGUCAAAUGGGCAUGAGACCGGUGGGGCCCAGCAAUGGCCUUCAUUCCAUGAACACGGAGACUACUUUGGGAGGUGUAAGCACUGGAGGACCGCAUCCAUCCUCAGGUCCAAGUGACGCACGUGGAGGAAGCAAGCAAGAUGCUUCUGACACAACUGGUGCUGGUGGUCAGGGCAACACAGCAGCUGGGCAUCAGGGUGGCGAUGGAGAAUCAUCACUCAUGAAGGGUUCUGAGGAGGCAAAGUGAUAGGCUCUUUGGGUGCUUGCAUGAGCGACUAGUGGCUGUUGAUAGUAGAUUUAUCGGAACCUAGUGUUGCUAUUUGAUCUUCUUUAGUACAUUAGACAUGAGAAUUUUCCCUUUUUUUAUACUUUUGAUCCGAGAACUAGAGUUAGGGGUUUUGUGUUGCAAGAGAUUGGUCGUGCAAUGUCUCUGCUACUUUAGUGCAGCGAAGUUUUGUCAUGACAGUGAUGGGAAGCCCGUGCCUGGCCACUGUUCCUGCUGUUCUUGGGGACUGAAUGGAUUGUGAUGUUGAGGA